AGGAUGUAGGGACACGUCAUGUGGACCACGCUGGAAAAAGCCAGUGCCAUUCUGACACUAAAUAUAGGUGCAGUAGGUGUCUAUAAAUACGGAGAACAGCAGACCGAUGCAACACUCGUCGAGAGGAAAUCAGCUAUACUACCGCGACUGGAGAAAAUUGUAUUUGUAAAGUAGUGAAUUGUAGUUGUACUGGAAUUUCUGUAACAUUACAGAGCAGAGGCUUGUAAGAACUGAACAGAAGAAACAGUAGUGUAUCCUGAAUAUACCGUUGUUGGUGACAACGUCAACUAAUUAGUGAAGAAAAACAUGGGGAUCUUUAUUAGCCGACUCAUUGACCUCUACAACGAUUUCAAGAAUGACCCAGCUCGCAUCCUGAUGGUCGGCCUGGACGCUGCUGGCAAGACCACCAUUCUGUACAAGAUCAAACUGAACGAGGUCGUCACGACCAUUCCCACCAUCGGCUUCAACGUGGAGUCGGUCAGCCCGGUCAAGGGCGUGACCUUCACAGUGUGGGAUGUCGGAGGUCAGGACAGGAUUCGUCCUCUCUGGCGACACUAUUUCCAGAACACAGAAGGUAUCAUCUACGUGGUAGACAGCGCUGAUUACGAACGUUUCACUGAGUCACGUGACGAACUGCAUCGCGUUCUGAAGGAAGACGAGUUACGAGGCGUGCCUGUGGUUGUGCUGGCCAACAAACAGGACUUACCAACUGCCUUUCGUGUGUCAGAGGUGGCGAGAAACUGGAAUUGACUAAACUGCGGGACAGGAAGUGGCAUGUCCAUGGGACAUGCGCAGCAACAGGGGAAGGCAUUUUCGAAGGAAUGAAAGAGCUGGCGAGACUCGUGAAAGAAUUCAAAAGAUCGCAAAAGCAUUGAUAACAAACUGUAUGGACUUCAGAGAGAGAGAGAGAGAGAGAGAGUUCUUUAUCUGUAUUUUUACUUGUACAUUGGCUAGUUGUCUCAAGACUUCCGGUUUCUCAUUCAUGGUUGAUCUAGCAUUUUAUCCUUUUUUUCACGUCGUUCAAGUUUUAUUUAGAACGAGAUCAACGGAGGAUAUUAUCUGUGAUAGUAUGAUGGUGUGUGUGAGACGAUAUAAAACACCCGAUUGUGACAUAAAUAUAUAUAUGUUUGUGAGUUCGCCACUAACAUUUAUCUUGUUGUGAUGUAAAGAUUUUGAAGAUGCAUAAUGUCUACGAUUUUAAAGAAAUGUUUACCAGUUUUUAUACUUGUACAUUUCAGUGGUAGAUAUUAUAGAUUGUGUAUUUAUAAAUGCGUAUGUAAGUGUGUUUGCGAGUGUGUGUAUGUGUGUGGUGACUGGUGAGUAGUAUUUCAGGGAAUGUAUACUCACAUUUGACAUUACAGUUCUUGUGUUGUGAGAACAUCAGAUGAAGGUUUCCAAAUGACUUGUUUUCUAAAUUGUUCGAAAUAAAUAAAUUAUAGAAUACGU